CCCUGUUGCAUGAUCAUCCUCGCCACAUCGGCCCCAUUUUCCGAUUUCCCACCGCGUCCUCAUGAGCCUUCCGAACACGCCGACCGUGGGCUGCCUGGGCGGAGGCCAGCUCGGCCGCAUGAUGGGCUACGCUGCGCACCGCCUCGGCGUCAAGCUCGUGUGCUUGGACCCUGCGGGCGACGCGUCGCCGGCCGGCCAAGUCACGUCGACCGUCGCGGGCUCGUUCACGGACGCCGCCGCCAUCGAGGCCCUCGCCGCCAAGGUCGACGUGCUCACGGUCGAGAUCGAGCACGUCAAUGCGCACACGCUGCGCGCGCUGCAGGUCUCGCACCCGACGCUGCAGAUCCACCCGAGCCCGGACACGAUCGCUCUCAUCCAAGACAAGUACGCGCAAAAGGUGUUCUGCCGCGACGUCGACGUGCCGCUCGGUCCCUUCACACUCGUCGACUCGGCCGCCGAUGCGGUCGCGGCCGGCGCGCGCUACGGGUACCCGUUCAUGCUCAAGUCGCGCCACUGGUCGUACGACGGCAAGGGCAACGCCGUCGUCGCGUCCGAGGCCGGCAUUCCCGCUGCGAUCGCGGCGCUCGCACCGACCAUGGGCGCCGGCAAGCUCUACGCGGAAAAGUGGGUGCCCUUCACGAAGGAGCUCGCGGUCAUGGUCGUGCGCCAAGGCAAGGACGUGCGCGCGUACCCGGUCGUUGAGACGACGCAGGCCAACAACAUUUGCCACACGGUCCUCGCCCCCGCGGUGCUCCCGGACGCGGGCCUCCAUGCGGCCGCGACGGCCAUGGCGACCAAGGUCGUCGCCGCGCUCUCGGGCAACGGUAUCUUUGGCGUCGAGAUGUUCUUGACGCCGGACAACACGUUGCUUUUGAACGAGAUUGCACCGCGCCCGCACAACUCGGGCCACUACACGAUCGAAGCGUGCGAGACCGACCAGUUUGAGAACCAUCUGCGGGCCGUCGCCAACAUCCCGCUCGGCAGCUGCGCGCUGCAGGUCGGCGCCGCCUACAUGCUCAACGUCCUCGGUACGGCGGAUCCGAAAGCGACGACGGACCUGGUCGCGCACGCAGCGACGAUCCCUGGCGCUCGCGUCCACUGGUACGGCAAGGCGGGUAUCUCGCCGGGGCGCAAGGUCGGGCACAUCACGGUCGUGGCGCCAACGCUCUCGGCGCUUCUUGCGCGCGCGACACAGCUGAGCCCGAGCGCAGCGCCCGCCGGCAUCAAGGCGCCGCUUGUGGGUAUCAUCAUGGGCUCGGACUCGGAUCUGCCGUCGAUGGCCGCCGCCGCCAAGGUGCUCGAUGACUUUGGCAUUUCGUACGAACUCAGCAUCGUCUCGGCCCACCGGACGCCCGAGCGUAUGUAUUCGUAUGCGCAGUCGGCGCGCGCCCGGGGUCUCCAGGUGCUCAUUGCGGGUGCGGGCGGCGCGGCGCACCUCCCGGGCAUGGUCGCGGCCCUGACGCCGCUGCCGGUCAUUGGCGUCCCGAUCCAGACCAAGGCGCUCAGCGGAAUGGACUCGCUCCUCUCGAUCGUGCAGAUGCCCCGGGGCAUCCCCGUCGCUACGGUCGCGAUCGGGAAUGCGAUGAACGCGGGUCUCCUCGCCGUGCGCAUCGUUGGUGGUGACGAGAACCUCACCAAGAUGCAGGCGUUCCUUGACAAGCAGGAGGCCGACGUCAACGACAAGAUCGCCAAGAUGGAGACCGACGGCUGGAGUACCUACUUGGCCAACAUGAAGUUGUAAAAUGUGUUAUAGAAGACGCAAGUCUAUGGUAUCUUUCUGG